AUGAGCAAGAAGUGCAACACCCAAUCGAUCUUUUUGAAGGGCGAUGUGGUGAGAGAGGACUUCGGAAUGGUCGCAGGGCCGCCUCCUCGAGGUCGUCAGGGCAACCAGCUCGAUCGGCCAUUGUCGGGUCGCCAGGAAGCGGAAGCUGGCGGCAUGCGCGCAUGGAGCGGCUGGAGUGGGUCCCGGAGGGACGAGAUGGAGGAGAGCUGGGCGCCCAAAGGCUCGAGCAAGGGCUGGGGAAAAAGCUGGCGCAGCGACCCCUGGGAGUCCCCAAGCUAUGGUGGCUACGGCUAUGGCGACAGCUAUGGCUACAGCGAUUACGGGUAUGAUGAUGGCUAUGGCUACGGCAAAGGCAAGGGAAAAGGAAAGGGCAAGGGGAAGGGCAAGAGCAAGGGUCCAUCCUUCUACUCCAUGCACGAUGAGCGUGGUGGCGAACCAAUGCGCGAGAGAUCACCACGCCGUGCCGGUGGAUUUGGCGGGCGUUGGAAGCAUGAUAUGUAUGACGAGAAGGACCUGCCCGCAGGUGAGUUCCGAAAUUUUGGUGGACGAACCCUUGGUGGUGGGAGGAAAGGCAAGGGGAAAGGGUCGGGCAAGGGCAAGACCAAUGGCAAGGCCAACCCCAAGCAGCUUGACCAGCAACUGAGCCGCUACUUUGGAAAGGAGGACGAUGGCUUGGACAAGUCGGCUUUGGACACAGAGCUGGACUCCUACAUGGGCAAAGAGAAGGCAUCCGACGAGAAGGCUUAA